CGUCCAAAUCGAAUGACGUUUGAAAUUCGCGCGCUUGUUGUAAACAGUAGACUGUCUGAACUGUUCGUCAAUAUAUCCUGGAAAAUAGUGAUUUAGAAUCGCGAAAAAACAUUUUGUUGUACAAUAUACAUUACAUUACAUUGUCCGGUUAUUGUAUUUUAAAAGUGGAACGAUAAGUUGAUCGAAGGUAUCGUACUCAAUUUCGAUCUAGAAUAAACGCAGUAGCUGCUGUCGAGACAUCAGGAAAUAACACGAAAACGGAACCAUGAGUCAUAGUGGACUGCUUACUGCGGGCUGUAUUGCCGACAUGAUGCGAGGGAAUGAACUGGAGCAACCAGUUGUUCAAAUUCUGGGUUCAAAGCGAAUUGCCGGUGGAGGGGAACAGUCGGAACGGUAUCGACUGCUGAUCUCUGACGGUCAAAAUUUAUAUAGUUUUGCCAUGUUGGCCACGCAGUUGAAUGAGUUGCACCAGAACGGCCAGUUGUCGGAAUUUACCGUUAUUCGUAUCAAUCGCUACAUUACGUCGGUCGUGAACCGUGGCGAGCGCGGUGAGAAACGUGUGUUAAUCAUUUUGGAACUUGCUGUUGUAAAACCAGGCGCAUCAAUUGGGGAAAAGAUUGGUAAUCCGCAACAAUUGUCCGAUGGUGCUGCAACGAACAAUGGACCAACUGCUACUCCCGCUAGGACCGAAUCUGCUGGAACUAUAAGCAACGGAUCCGGUUAUCAAAAUCGCUCAUUGAAUGCAAGUACGGCACCUUCUAGUGCCAGCUUAUCCAGCGAUACCCUGACACAUCCUAUUAAUUCGCUCAGUCCCUACCAGAAUAAAUGGGUGAUCAAGGCUCGUGUAAUGUCCAAGUCGGCAAUUCGCACUUGGAGCAAUGCCAAAGGCGAGGGAAAGCUUUUCUCUAUGGAUAUAAUGGACGAGUCGGGUGAAAUUCGUGUUACAGCAUUUAAAGAACAGUGCGACAAAUUCUUCGACAUGAUUGAGGUUGACAAAGUGUACUACAUCACCAAGUGUCAGCUGAAACCGGCCAACAAACAAUAUUCGACACUGAAGAAUGACUACGAAAUGACGAUGACAAAUGACACGAUCAUCCAAGAGUGCAAAGAAGUUUCAUCCUUACCGGAGAUUCAAUACACAUUUGUGCCUAUUUCCCAGAUCGCCAACAUGGAACCGAAUGCGAUGAUUGACGUAAUCGGCGUCUGCAAAGAAGUCAGCGAUGUUGUUCAGUUUACGGCCAAAUCGUCAGGCCGAGAGCUAAAAAAGCGAGAAAUCACAAUGGUCGAUUCGAGUCACGCAGCUGUUCAGUUGACACUCUGGGGUGAUGAUGCUCAAUCAUUUCCUAGCGCUACUAACCCGGUUGUUCUAGUGAAGGGAGCUCGCGUGACAGAGUUCGGUGGCGGUAAAUCUCUAGGUCUGGUUGGCGGUAGUGUCAUGAAACUAAACCCCGACAUUGAAGCUGCGCAUAAGGUUCGCGGUUGGUACGACAAUGGCGGUAGUCAUGAGGCAAUCAGCAGCGUAUCGACACGCACAGGUGCUGGUGCCGGGUACGUCACCGAAUGGAUAACGUUCCAUGAGGCUAAGGAGAGAAAUCUGGGAAACGGUGACAAGCCGGAUUAUUUCCAGGUGAAAGCCUUGAUCCACAAUAUCAAAUCUGGCAAUGCGGUCUACAAGGCAUGUCCGCAGCCGGAGUGUAACAAGAAGGUGGUUGAUCAGGAGAAUGGACAGUAUCGAUGUGAGAAGUGUAAUGCCGACUUCCCGAAUUUCAAGUACCGACUGCUGGUAAAUAUGCUGAUUGGAGAUUGGACCUCGAAUCGAUGGGUUACGAUAUUCACGGACCUGGCAGAGCAAAUGCUUGGUAAAACAUCACAGGAAAUUGGCGACGCGCUCGAUUUCAACAAGGAUGAAGCGGAGCUAAUCUUUUCGGCUAUCAGCUUUAAAAACUACGUUUUCAAGUUGCGAACAAAGGUCGAAUUCUACGGGGAUUCAGCUCGGAACAAAACAACGGCCGUCGAAGCGAAACCUGUCAACCACAAGGAAUACAACGCAUAUCUGGUUAAAAAUAUUCAGGAUUUGACUGGGAUUGGUAAGAAUUAAAAGAUCGUCGUUGUUUCGUCAUUGUGAUGUUCUUCUUAUAAUGAUAAUUCUCACAUAUUCUUCAUUCAAAUAAACUGUUACUCUUUGAUAUGUAUAGUAAUCACAAGUUAAAAUAAACUACUCAUAAAUCAG